AGUUCUGUGGCCCUCAGUAACAAUUCUUUGUCCCUGAGUAACGUUUCUGUGGCCCUAAGUAACAAUUCUGUGUCCCUGAGUAACAAUUCUGUGGCCCUAAAUAACAAUUCUGUGUCCCUGAGUAACAAUUCUGUGGCCCUAAGUAACGGUUCUGUGGCCCUCAGUAACAAUUCUGUGUCCCUGAGUAACAAUUCUGUGUCUGUCCCUGAGUAACAAUUCUGUGGCCCUAAGUAACUGUUCUGUGGCCCUCAGUAACAAUUCUGUGUCCCUGAGUAACAAUUCUGUGGCCCUAAAUAACGGUUCUGUGGCCCUCAGCAACAAUUCUGUGGCCCUCAGUAACAAUUC